AUGGGUCACAACGGCACAAUGUUCACGCUGAAUACUGGCGCAAAGGUUCCCGCUCUCGGCUUUGGCACUUGGCAAGACAAAGAUGCCCAGGAACCCGCAGUCACCAUAGCAUUGAAGACGGGAUAUCGCCACAUUGAUACAGCCCGCAUUUAUGGAACAGAGGGUGCUGUGGGUAACGCCAUUAAGAAGUCCGGCAUUCCGUGCGACCAGCUAUUCAUCACCAGCAAACUUUGGAACAAUGCUCAUCAUCCGGACGAUGUCGAGAAGCAUCUCGACGAAUCACUCAAGGAUCUCCAGACCGAUUAUCUCGAUUUAUUCCUAAUGCAUUGGCCAUCCCCUUUCGCCCGCGGCGAUGCGAUGUUUCCCAAGGAUGAUAAUGGUAAUCCAUUGAUGGGGGACACGGACUAUGUGGACACGUACAAGGCCAUGGAGAAGUGCAUGAAGGCUGGAAAGGCUAAGGCGAUUGGCAUCUCAAACUUCAGCAAGGCGGAGGUUGAUCGCCUUUUGAAGGAGACGAAUGUGGUUCCUGCCUUCACCGACUUCCACAAGCAAAAGGGGAUUCAUGUGACUCAUUACUCGCCAUUUGGCAACCAGAACAACAUCUACGAUUCUGGCAAAGACAUGGGCAAAUUGAUGGACAACCCAGUGCUCGUGGAGAUCGGAAAGAAGCAUGGAAAAACCGGCGCUCAAGUGGCUUUGGCUUGGGGUAUUGCGAAAGGCCAUUCGGUCAUUCCGAAGUCGAAGACUGAAAAUCGCAUCAAGCAGAACUUCGAGGGCGACUUCACGCUUCCUGAGGAAGAUGUGGAAAAGGUCGAUGGCAUCGACAAAAAGCUUCGCUUCAAUGACUCAAGUCAGAGCUUUGGGUGGAACUUCUUCGCUGACUUGGAUGGAAAGAAGCAGUGA